AUGGAUGAAAUUGUAACUGAAAUUAAUGAACAUUUGAAAGAGUUCGAUUAUGAAGACUUUCAAGACAUUCAAUACUUAUCAAAUAUUUCAAACGAAUUAAGCGAUAUUAGUCGUGCUUAUUCAAAAACUAAUGAAUGUCAAGUUAUUUUCAAUAAUGAACAAGAUAUAGACGAAUUAAAAAGUUCUCUUGUAAAUGGAAAAAGAGAGUCACCCAUUAAUUUAACACCUGUAGAUUACAAAGAACUUUAUUAUGAUGCAUGGGAUAUGGAUCAUAACAAACGUCCAUCAAUUAAGGAUGUCAUAAGAUGUCUCAAAGACAUUGAACUUGAUCUCGUAUAUCAUGUAUAUCCAGAUUCUAAUUAUGUUCCAAAAAUUUCUUAUAAAAGAAAUAGUUUUGUAACAAAAAAGGAAGCUUGCUUUAAAAUUAUUGAAGGCUCACCUAAAAAUCAAUACCUUUUCAUCCCUGAAGGCGAAAUACUUUUAGGAAGGAAAGAUUCAAAUUAUAUCGUAAUAAAAGACUCAAAAAUUGACAAGAAUCAUGCAAAAAUCAAAAAUUAUCAAGGAAAAGUUGAUAUCAUUGGUAUUGGUUCUAAAUCUGAAAUUUUUGUUAAUGGAAAACAACUUGAAUUUCGUACUUUAUAUAAUUUGAAAAAAAAUGACUUAAUUAAAAUUGGAAGUAGUACUUUUCAAUACCUUCCCAUUGGUGAAUUUAAGAAUUCUAUUGAUCCAUUUUUACAGAUUUAUAACACUAAUUACUUGUGGAAAAGUUUGGAAACUGGAUUUAAGAAUAGUCAAAAUUCGCGUUUAUCAUUACUGUUUUGUGAUUUGGAUCAUUUUGGAAAAAUCAAUAAAAACUAUGGUUAUGAAGCUGGAGACUACAUUUUAAUAGAAUUAUCAAAAUUUAUUCAAAAUAAAUAUAUUCGUGAUAAAGAUAUUUUUUCUAGAUAUAGUGGGGAAGAGUUUACCAUUCUUCUUAUUAAUACAAAUAUAAAAUUGGCUUAUAAUAUUGCUAAAGAAAUUCGAUCUUCUAUUGAAACUUAUCCGUUUAUUUUUAAAGGCAAAAGAUUACCAUCAAUUACACUUAGUAUCGGUGUUUCUGAAGUAAACUCUUCGGUAAAAAAGUCCGAAGACUUAUUGAAUCAUGCAGAAGAAGCUUGUAGAAAGGCUAAAGAAUAUGGUCGUAAUCGGGUAAUAAUAUGGGAAAAUGAACAAAUCUCAAUCCCACAAAUGAUAUUACAAUCAAAAUUCCAACCAACAAUUCCAACUCAAAUCCCACCAUUUCCACCAUUUCCACCAAGCGAAAAUGAAGUUUUAAAAAUUGAUAAAAAAUGGCACCUAAUUUUAGGUGAAGAAAUGCCUUUAAUCGAACCUCAACAUUAUUUUAUACUUUGUAAAAUUAUUCCUCAACCAAAAUUAUUAUCUCAUGAAAUUUAUGUAAAUGUUGCAACAGUUCUUCCAUAUAUUCGACAAAAAGUUAAAAUGUGGGGUGUUGAUAUUUUUAAAGCAGAAAACUUUGCGAAUUUAGUCAAUGAAGAAGAAGACGAAGAAUCUUCUGAUGAUGAAACAAAGGAUGAAAAUAAAAAGUUAAUAAGAAAAAAUAGAUUAUCUAGAUUUGAUUGCAUUGCUACUUUAUUUGCAUCUGCUGAAUCUACUGUUGUUCAAGAUAUCAUUAAAACUAUGUCCCAAUUUCCAAUCGCAUUUCCUUUAUUGAUGCCCACUUUAGAUAACGCUGAGAAGUUUAAAGUAAUGCUUCCUUUAUACACUGGACUAGCUAUUAAAUGGAAUUUAAGCAAUGGAUCAGUAAUAGAAAAUCAUCUUUUUGAAGACUCUUUUAAAAUGAUUGUUGCAGUUCGGAUUGGAAUGAAUCCUCAAGGUAAAAGUACCAUACUUAAUCAAUUGAUGGCUUCAAAAUAUAUGUUCACAUCAUCUUCUGAGCCAAGAGCUGAUUAUGGAAUUCCACAUAUGAUUAAUGGAAGUGUUGAGUUUGUUUGGCUAACAGAAGAGACUUGUGGUCCCGAUCUAUGGAAUAGUGUUUUUAAACGUUAUUAUGAAGAAGAGAGAAAAAAGAUCGUGUUACUUGCCAAUUUACAUGGUGAUGCAUUAGAUUAUCCUGAUCAAAUCGAAUUUCUAAAGCAAUUACCUUCUUGUUUCUUGGUUUUCUUAAUGCCUGGAUAUAAUGAAGGUCAAAAAGUUAGGCUUAGAAAUUUAAUUGGCUCAAAAAAGGUCAUAUACAACUACGUUAAUUCUGAGAACAAUGUAGCCAAUUACACAAUUGAUACAAAUUCUUUGAUGAGUAAUGAAACAAUAAAAGAUGCUUGCAAAAUGUUUAAAGAUAUCUUAUACCCUGAUCCUGUUGAUCUUGUUAAUCUCGACAAAUUUUCAAUUAGCACAUUAGAAAUUGGUGAUACACUUCAAUUUUCUGAAAAAAUAGAGUGUGUUGAAUCUCAGGAAAUUAUAAAUCUUAUUAAGGAAAAAACUUGUCGUCAUACUAGAUUAGAGAUUAUGCAACUUCAAAAAAAACAAGGUGGAUCUGAUUGUAUACAAUUUUGGGAACAGACACCAGAGUUGCAAGAAUUAAUGCAAUUAUUCAGUUCUAUUAUAAUUCUACCAAUUAGAAUAAGAAGAAGAGCUCUGGCACAUCUUGAAAAAGAGAUAUUCAAGCUUUCUACAUCAGAGUCAUCUAAACUUCGAAAUAAUGCUAUAUCGAAGAGGAAAGAAUUAAAUAAUGCAAACAUUACGAAUAAUGUUCAAGAAAAGAUAAAGAUUCGUGAAGAAAUUACAAAACUUUGGAAAGAAGUUGAUAAUACAAGUUUAGGAAUAGAACAUUUCAUUCGUGAAUUAGAACAAAUGUAUAAAAUAUUUAUUUCCGAUCCAAAAAAAAUUACUUCUGAUAAUGGUCUAACUAAAGAAAAUAUUUCAAAAUUACCGGAAUAUUAUGCAGAGUUGUUAAUUAGUGGUCAUACUAUAGAAUUGAUUGAUGGUGAUUCUUCAACUAUAUCUGAAGCUUGGUUUUUAGCCGUUUGUAAUUGUAUUGAUAAAAAAAUUCCUAACCUUAAAAUUUUUGUAAUCAGUAUACUUGGAUUACAAUCUUCUGGAAAGUCCACUCUUUUAAAUACACUUUUUGCAAGUAAAUUUGCUGUUUCAACUGGACGUUGUACUAAGGGACUUUUGAUGCAAUUUUUAUUUUUGGAAAAAGAAUUAUCUAAUCAACUUGAUGUUGAUGCUUUUAUAUUGAUUGAUACGGAAGGACUUGGUGCACCAGAAAAAAUGGGUGAUCUGGAAUCAGAGAAGAAGGAUCGAAUGUUAGCAACUUUUGUUAUGCGAAUAAGUAAUUUAACAAUUAUUAACAUAGUUGAAGAAUCAACGAGAGAAAUCUUACAAAUAGUCACUGGGAUAAUAAUGAAUCUUGACAUAUCCCCUGAUAUACUUAUGGUACAACAUGUUACAAAAAAGAACUCAAUAAAGUUUAUAGAUAUAGAACGUAAAUUUUAUGAAACUCUUCAAGGAGUUUUAGAAAUAACCAGAAAAGAAGAUAAUAAAGCAAGAGCAUACAACUUUGAACGUCUUAGUAGGUUGAAGGAUAAAAAACUUCUCAAACUAUUUUCAUCAUUUAAAGAUGAUAUAACAGCUCAUUCUUCACCAUCGAAACAAUAUCAUAAGGAUAUUGUCGAUUUCUAUAAUUCUAUUAUUGAUAAUUGCAAAACUUCACAAAGUAAAAAAAAAUUUUCAGAUUGGUUUCCAUUAAUUAAAAGUUAUUGGGAUGUAGUAUCAAAUGAAAAUUCUUCAUUUGAAGAAAUUAAAGAAACAUAUGAUUUUAUUGAAUUUGGGAAUCAAAUUGCAAAUUUGAAAGGAAUUAUUGAUAUGGCAUUUUUAAAACAUAAGGAAUUGAUCGAAAAUAACAUUCGAUUUAUUGUUUAUAAAUGGGUUUCAAAUAAAGAUUCCAGUGUAAAUUCAAUUAAUUUAAAAUGUGGAAAAUUGAUUAAAAAGUUAAAUAACAUUCCAGAACUUAAAAAUUUGGUAGAUUGUGAAGAAUGUAAAAAAGUAAAUAAGGAGAAAGAUAAAUUAGAUAAAUAUCUUGAAAAAAAAAAUGAUAAAAAGUUUAAAGAAGAAGCUAAUCAAACAAUCACUAAUUAUAUUAUUUCCCGUCGUGAAUUUAUAUCAACAAAGCUUGAAAAUAUGCUUGAGGGUAUUUUAAUACGUAAUAGAUUUUCUAUAUUUAUUGAUAGAAUACUAGAAGAGAUUUUAAGUACAUGGAAGAAAUUACCUGAUGAAAAGAAAUUUGAAGAAGAAGCAAAUAAAAUAUGGAAACAAUUACGUGAUAGAGUAUCAAUAGAAAAUGAAGACUUUAUAAAUGAAGAGAUAGAUGAUAUAAUAAAUGAGGAAUAUGAAACUAUGUGGACAUCUGACUUUUUUGAAAAUUACAAACUUAGGAUUAUUCCAGAAUUAUCUAAGAUUGAUGCAAUAUAUAAUGUCAGUUCGUCAAAAUUUUUUAAGGAUAAAUGCAUGGAACAAGAUAAUAUUACAAGGCUUAAAAAAGAAAUUAAUCUUGUUGUGGGACAAAUUUUACGUAAUAUUAAAAGGUUUAAUCCUAAAAUUGUACGUGAUCUUAAAGGCAAAAUAGAAAAAAAAUUGAAAGAUCUUUCAACAAAACUUAAUGUAAAAUUUAAUCCUAAUUUUGAAAUGAAUGUUCACGUAUACACAUUAUUAAAUUUUAGAGAAGAAAUGGUAAAAAUUCAAGAAAUAUGGGAUAAAGAUAAUGCACCACUUAGUGUGCUUGAUCAAAGAAAAGAUGAAUAUAUUGAAAUGAUCAAGCUUCGUCUUCAAUAUGGUCAUUCACAUAUGUAUAAAGGUCAUUUAACUGGAGCUUAUUUAUUGAGAGCUAUUCAUAAAAAAGCAGUAAAUGCAGAAAAUCGAGAUCGAAGAGAACAUGCAUUUCGAAUACCUUGGAUAAAAAAUUCUGAAACAAUCAGACUUGAAUAUUUUAUUGAACUUGCUGAACAAGUUCAUAAUGGUGACAAAGAUAAAGCUAUACAGCAUUUUUUGAAACCUCAAGAAAGCAUUGAAGAGUGGUUUAAAAAUAAUGUUAAUAAAUAUACAAGAAAAGGGAAAGGACGAAAAUAUGAAAAAACUCUUAAUACAGAAUUUGAUUAUGUUCGUCAGGAAAUUCGCAAUUGUAAAAGUUAUGAAGAUAUCAAAAAGUUUGUAAAUGUUUAUAUGACACAAGUUGAUGGUAUUAACUACCAGUUGAAUAUUAAAGAUAGUUCGAUUGCAGAAAAUUUUGACUUAUUCCAUGAAGCUAUUUUGAAAGAGCUUGAUUCUAGAGGGAAUGGUCAUUGUCAACUAGAAGAAAAAUCACUACCAAAUAUAUAUGAUGAUGAAUUGAUUAAGAAUAGGCUUGGAUGCACAAAAUCAUGCUACUGGUGUGGUGCUUUGUGUUGGGGAGAAAGAGGCCAUGAUAAUGAUAUUGGCGAAACAAAAAUACAUCAUUCUAGUCAUCAACCAGCAGGCCUUCGGGGAACACAUGAUAUUGAAACAAAUCUCUUGCUUUCAGAAGCUUGUCAUAACAGUCCGGAUGAUUCAUAUAUGCAAUAUUACAUAAAGGAAGUUCUAACAACAAAAAUAUGGAGUGAAGCAAAAUCUACUGACUUUAAAGACUGGAAAUUUGGGCCCCAUUACAUGACUGAUUUUAAUGAAAUUAUGUGCUGGUUUUUUGAAAUGUUACAUAUAGAUUUGGCAGAAAAAAAAGAUCUCCUUCCAGCAGAUGAGUGGGAUUUAGAAGAGCAUGAGGGUAAGCUAACUUCUUUAAACCUGUCAUCAGGCUUUCAUUCCAAACACCAAUCUUGUCCAUCAAACAUUUGA